AUUAAGAAAGAAUCUUUCUUGGAAGAUAUUAAUAAUUUGCUCAAUGCUGGAGAGGUUCCAAAUCUUUUUGCACCGGAUGAAAAACAAGAAAUUUGUGAAAGGAUGCGACAGAUAGACCGGCAAAGAGAUAAACUAAAACAAACUGAUGGUAGCCCACUUGCUCUUUUUAACUUGUUUGUUGACCGUUGCCGUGAUCAGUUACACAUAGUCCUUGCAAUGAGUCCUAUUGGAGAUGCAUUCCGAAACAGACUCCGGAAGUUUCCAGCUCUUGUUAACUGCUGUACAAUUGAUUGGUUUCAGACCUGGCCAGAUGAUGCACUUCAAGCUGUAGCAACCCGCUUUUUAGAAGAUAUUGAAAUGUCAGAAGAAAUUAAGAAUGGAUGCAUUGACAUGUGUAAAAUCUUCCACACUUCUACCAUUAACCUGUCUGAGAAGUUCCGCAUGGAGCUACAGAGAUAUAAUUAUGUUACACCCACAUCCUAUUUGGAACUAAUUUCUACAUUUAAAACA